AUGCCCCUUACCUUCCAAGCCGCACCAGCAAUCAAAUACACCUCGCUUGAUGAAUCCUCCAAACCUGAUGGUCCUACCUCUCUAUCCGAACGCCUUAAGAAGCAUAGCUCAACCCUUCGCGAUAACUGGCGAGAUGCCCUGAUAAUCUGCCUAAGCAUCCUCUGCGCUGGACUCCUACUGGAUCGUACCUUGUCCCCGACGAACACAGAAGCCCCCGAGCCCAUCCUAGCAUACGCCGACCCCCGCUGGGUUCAAUACCACUGGACAACCGGAAUCUACAGCGCCCCGCACCCCGAACAAGCCGACCGGGUGCAUCAAGCCUGGGCGGCGAUCGUCCCCGCGUACGGCUUCGUGGCGGUGGACCACCUCUGGGCGGCGCAGCACCACCUGCCCGCGAGCAUGAGUCUGCCGUCCAAUUCUUCCAAGGGGGUGUAUAUCCUUGAUGCGUGGGUUCUCCCCUUCCCUCGCCCAUAG